AUGCCAAUGCCAGUUGACAUUCCCUCCCGCCCCGAUCUGUCGGGCACCAUCCCUAUCGACAUCGCAGGCCCCUCCCAGCCCUCCUCGUCAGCAGCCGGACAACCCAACGACGUCGCUGGCGUCCUCCGCCGCAACCAGGCAUGUCUCGCAUGCCGUCGUCGCAAGCUGAAAUGCGACGCUGUCCGACCCCAUUGCUCAACAUGUGUCCGCUCUUAUCGCCACCUGCUGCGCACCGCGCCCGGCACACAUCCCGUCCUGUCGUGCGAGUAUGACGAUUCCCUCGACCGCGAGCAUGGUGCGGACGGUGACCAGACGUCACCCACAGAGGGCGGCGAUGACGAUGAAAGCCGGAGGAAGAAGCGCAAGGCUUCGGGUGGCCGCGCCAAGAAACGCGACGACGACCUGGACGAGGAGCGCGACCGCCUGACCAAGCGUAUCGGUACGUAUACCAGUCCCAAGUCUCCUGCUAACCCCUCCACAGCUGAGCUUGAGAACCAGUUGGCGAACAAGACGCCCGCCUCCUCCUCGGCCGCUCCACCACCACUGGCCGCAGGUCAACCUCCACCACCUUCCUCCACUUCCUCCACCUCUAUGCCAAGUGAAAGCCGUUGGACAGGAUCCUUUAUGCCUACACAGGCAGAGUCGCCCACAGCGUUCCUCGAGAUGCUCUCGUCUGCCGCGACAUCGACACAACACAUGCCGGACGGUUCCGGGUCCAACAUGUUCGCCGGUCUCACUCCCAUGUGGACGUCCGCGGACCGGACCGAGACGACAGGCCUGACGCCGUUCCUCCCCAUGCCCGAGCCAGACUUUGAGGCGUCUGCCUCCACUCCGUCUGGUGGAGGACGCUAUCACAGGCCGUCGGACACGCCAAUGCUGUCGCCGAACAACAUCUUCAACUUUUCUCCGGCGGCGACCGGCCCCGGUGUCCAGGCGCCAUCAGGCUCUGGCAGCGAUACGCCGGCAACGUAUUCGAUGAGCUCGGUACUCAACAUUGCGCAGCAAAUUGGUGGCCUCACGGGUGUGUCGUCCAUAGGCGGUGCGCAGAUUCCCACCCUGCCACCUGGCAGUACGAACAACAUGGGUCCGCCCCUGUCCGAGGACAUACGGAUCAACCUGCAGAACGCAGCAGCUUCUUUGGCCAAUGGCGGCGGCGGCGACGCGAACAUGGAGCACAACUCGACAACGUCCAAGAACAAGUCGCAGUCGUCGUCGUUUGACUCUGACCCCAUCUCGGCCAUGGCAGCUGACGGCGUCCUUGACUCGCGCAUGUUUAUGGACCUCUUCUGGCCUGGUUGGCCGCCCAACCUGCCCGACCCCAACGUGGUGCAACAACUCGUGGAAGCGUUCUUUGACAUUGUGCCCAACAUGCCGCGCAUGCUGCACCGUGCGCGAUUCCUUGCGCGUCUUUCAUUGCCUGCCACCCACUCCAAUUUCCCGCACCCUGCUCUCCUGCAUUCCAUUUGCGCUCUCGCUGCCAGCUGGUGCAAGCCUGAAGUGUAUGAGGACUCGCCUCCGCCCAACUUUGACGCGAAGAUGGCGUUCUUUGCCCACUCGACUCCAAAGCCAAAGCAUCCGUCGGCGAUGCCCUUCUCGUUGCAGCAGGCGGCGCACGGCAAGGACGCCGUGUUGGACGGCCUCAACACGGGCAACCGUCUGUUUGACGUUGUCCGCGCCAUGAUCAUUCUCAGCCGCGUGUUUAUCGACGACACGCGCAUGCUCGAGUGCUGGACUUACUGUGGUCUUGUCUCUCGCAUGAUCCUUCCCCUUGGCCUGAACGUGCGCUCGGCCGAACUGUCACUCAAGUCGGUGAUGCUUCCCCCCGCUGCCGACGCGCUCGAGCGCGAGGAACGCCGCGUGGUGGUCUGGAUGGCCAUGUAUCACGACACGGUGGCGUCGGCCGCGUCCGGGUGGGGCACGUCGCUCGCUCUUGAUGAGCUUACGGUUCCGUUGCCCGUGUCCAAGAGGGACUUCGACGAGGGCAACGAGAAUAUGGAGCCGAACCCGCAAGACCUCGAGUCGCUCGACCUGUAUAUCAAGCACCCUGUGCCCGACGCGCUGGUGAUGGCGCUCAAGGCUUCCGUGCUACUCAACCGCGUCAACAAGUUUGCGCGCAAGUGGAAGAACCGCCGGAUGAGGGACAAUGACGACCUGGACGGCAUGCUGCGGCCCGAGUUCCGCGAGUUGGCCAACGCCAUUGCCUGUCUCCAGAUGAGCUUUCCUCCGACCCUCACGAACCCGACGACGUUUGACGACCGUGGCAUGCUCGACGUCGACCUCGUCAGCGCCCAUGUCCUGCCGCACACGGCGAUUAUUUGCCUGUAUGAGCCAUUUGCGGACGUGACGGACCCCAACGACCAGCCGGCGCGUCGCAUCCUCAACGCGGCGCGCUCUGUCAUCAACGUCAUCCAGCAGCUUGUGGGCAUUGUGCCCAAGGGUGUCACCAACAUUGGCGCCGUCAUGCACUCGUCCUCGUCCGUCGCGCUCGUCACAGCCGCCCGCACGUGUUUGCUGUUCUACCGCCACGCCCUCAACAUUGGCGACCUGCCGACCGCCGAGGCGUACCGGACCGACGUCGAGACGGCGCGCCUGGCGCUGGCGCAGUACGGCCGCAAGUUUAAGAUUGGGUACCACCACGCGCAGCUGAUCGACUACUUUCUCGAUCGCGCCACCAACCCGACGUUUGAAAAGCUCGCAGCGCACUAUCCAGAGCACCCUCGCGUCGGCGGUCUGGCGCUUACGCCCAAGUCCAACUUUGGCCUGUGUAUCCUGAACGCGCUCAACAUCAAGCGCGGAUUCUGGAAACUGCCUCCUGGGGGUUAUGGCAAUUCGGGCAGUGUGUCCAUCUCGACCAUGUCGCCCAGCGGCAUCUCGCCGGCGAACAGCAACGGCAACAGCAACAACAACCCGUCGCCAAACGAGUCGGGGUCGGGAUCCACUCCGGACCUGCUGCACCGCAACUCGACGGCGAGCACGGGCUCGUCCUCGGACUCGCCCAUGUCCGGCAUCGCGGUGGGCGCCGGCGUCGCAGGAGGCGCAGAUACUCUGGGAGGAGACGCAGCGCAGGGCCGGGCGCGAUGUGCCCAUGACUGCGUCCGCGCCCUCGUCGCACUUUGA